CCAGCGGGGCGGGGCCAGCCGGGGAGCGUGUGUGAGCGAGGGGAGCCGGCGGCGGCGGCGGCGGUGGCGGUCUGAGGGAGUCAUGAUGUCGGUGCGGGUGGCGGCCCCGCCGGCCGUGGAGCUGAAGGACCUGCCCGGGCCCCUCGACAAGGCCGCUGGCGGCGGCGGCGGCAGCUCCGGGCCCUGCGCCCCCUCGGCGCCCAACCCGGCGGCGGCGGCAGUGGCAGCGGCGCCUUCUCCUCCUCCAGGCGAGCCGGGCCCGGCAGCAGGCGGCGCGGCCCCCAAGGCGCCCCAGGCUUCGGCCAUGAAGCGCAGCGACCCGCCGCCGCCCGCUUCGGCUCAGGCCCACCACCACCACCACCAGCAGCAUCCGCCGCCUCGGCUGGCCGGAGACGCGGGCGGAGGUGCGGGAGGGCCGCUCGGCGAGGCCCUGGUCAGCCCCGACGGGACCGUCACGGAGGCGCCGCGCACCGUCAAGAAGAUCCAGUUUGCUGACCAAAAGCAAGAAUUCAACAAACGACCCACAAAGAUUGGUCGCCGUUCACUGUCCCGAUCCAUCUCUCAGUCAUCCACAGAUAGUUACAGCUCUGCUGCCUCCUACACAGACAGCUCCGACGAUGAGACCUCUCCCCGGGACAAGCAGCAAAAGAACUCAAAAGGCAGCAGUGACUUCUGUGUGAAAAACAUCAAGCAGGCUGAGUUUGGGCGCCGGGAAAUUGAAAUUGCUGAACAAGAAAUGCCUGCGCUCAUGGCUUUGAGGAAACGAGCUCAGGGAGAAAAGCCAUUGGCUGGAGCCAAAAUCGUGGGCUGUACGCACAUCACAGCCCAGACCGCUGUUCUCAUGGAAACCCUCGGUGCCUUGGGUGCUCAGUGCCGAUGGGCUGCCUGCAACAUCUACUCAACCCUCAACGAAGUGGCGGCUGCCCUGGCUGAAAGUGGAUUCCCUGUCUUUGCCUGGAAGGGAGAAUCUGAGGAUGACUUCUGGUGGUGUAUUGAUCGCUGUGUCAAUGUUGAAGGGUGGCAGCCCAACAUGAUCUUGGAUGAUGGUGGGGAUCUCACACAUUGGAUCUACAAGAAGUACCCCAACAUGUUUAAGAAGAUCAAGGGGAUUGUAGAGGAGAGUGUUACUGGUGUUCACAGAUUGUACCAGCUAUCCAAGGCAGGCAAGCUUUGUGUCCCUGCUAUGAAUGUCAACGACUCAGUUACCAAGCAGAAGUUUGACAACCUCUACUGCUGCCGAGAAUCCAUUCUAGAUGGCCUUAAAAGGACAACCGACAUGAUGUUUGGAGGCAAGCAGGUGGUGGUUUGUGGCUAUGGAGAGGUUGGUAAAGGCUGCUGUGCUGCACUGAAAGCCAUGGGCUCCAUAGUGUACGUGACGGAGAUUGACCCCAUCUGUGCCCUACAAGCCUGUAUGGACGGCUUCCGACUUGUGAAACUCAAUGAAGUGAUCCGGCAAGUUGACAUCGUUAUCACCUGCACAGGCAACAAAAAUGUAGUGACCAGAGAGCAUCUUGACAGAAUGAAGAACAGUUGUAUUGUUUGUAACAUGGGGCAUUCCAACACUGAAAUCGAUGUGGCAAGCUUGCGUACACCUGAGCUAACGUGGGAGAGGGUGAGAUCUCAGGUAGAUCAUGUCAUUUGGCCUGAUGGGAAGAGGAUAGUGCUGCUGGCAGAGGGCCGUCUGUUGAACCUGAGCUGCUCGACAGUCCCUACCUUUGUGCUGUCAAUCACAGCAACUACCCAGGCUCUGGCUUUGAUAGAGCUCUACAAUGCCCCCGAAGGACGCUACAAGCAAGAUGUCUACCUGCUGCCUAAAAAAAUGGAUGAGUACGUGGCAAGCCUUCAUCUUCCGACGUUUGAUGCACACCUGACAGAGCUGACAGACGAGCAGGCAAAAUACCUGGGGCUAAAUAAAAACGGGCCUUUCAAACCAAAUUACUACAGGUAUUAAUCUCCUGUGGCUGUAGCUGGAAGGAAGGGGAGGAACCAGAACCCGAGACCUCUCUGUGCUACUGACCAGGACAAACCAGUCCAAGCUUCUGAAGUUAGAAUCAGGCUUGCUCCCGUAGUACACCGUGUGUUAGGUUAUUUAUUUAUUAAACUAGAAUACUGUAAAUGCGGCCUCUGCCAAUGGUGUGUUUAAACUGCCAUGGGAUUGUGAGAUGAUGGACUUUGGUUUUUUGAUGGUGGGGGUGUGAAAAGCUGUAGUUUGGUGGUGGGGGGGGUGGGGAAGGAGAGAGACUGUCUGGCCAUAUGAUCGUACUGCAAAUCCUGUCCGCUUCAAGCACUCUGUCAUCACUGUUCUGUCUCAUCCAAUGUGCAGCCAGGGGCAGAAGGGAGCAGCCCAAGCCGGGGGAGGGCUGGGGUGAGCCCCGCGGGCUUCCUUUCUCUGGUGUGUUCCAGGAAGGCGGCUGUGGGUUGGCGGGGCGCUGAGGAGCUGCUCCUGCCGCCUCUGGGUUCAUCUCCAAGAGCCUCUGGUUGCUCGAGAUGCUGCUAAGGCAGUUUCAGCCUCAUUGCUGGAAACCUUGUUCUUAAUUUAACCGCUUUGGGAACUUCUGUGGUGGGAAAGCGGUAUAUAAAUAUUGGUCGUAUUUGUGAUUUAGCUGACGAGGAGCUGGCCAAACCUGCGUGGUCCCCCUCCGGCUGGGGAAGGGGAUCUCUGGAGUCUGCAGGGCAGGCACCACUGACAGGCCCUCCUUGUCUUGCUUCUGCAGCAGUCUCCCCACAGGGCUUGCUUGGAUGCACGCUUGUGACCAGCCCCGUCCUCUCCCAAGCCUGCCCAGCCGGGGGUGUUCUUGCAGGCCUGCCGCGUUGGGGCCUCGUGUGCUUCUUGCACUGCUGAGUGGCUGAGCAACCCCUUUUGAGGCAACUGUUAUUGGCGUUCCAUCAGCGAAAUUUGCCAUUCCAUGCCGCUGGGCAGUUGGGCAGCAGAAUAAAAAGGCUCCUGAGGACAUUUCUGGUCACACAACUGCUUCUUGGCACGCCCAGGGAUUUCAUUCCUUGCUGAGAAUAGGUUUUUGUUUUGUUUUUACAGACCCACCUAGAUUUGAUCCUAGGAGAUCUCCAAGCCUCCCUUUUAGGGUGACGUUUUAACCAGGUGUUUCAGUCACGUGGAGAUGUGACCUGGGGAUUCCUUUUCUUUGCUCCCACCCCCUUCCUCCCCAAGUAGCUGAAAAGUAGAUUUUAUCACUCAUGAGAACAGACCAGUGUCUGCUGAUCUGGACAGAGGUGUUUUCUGGUCACGUUGAGAUUCGGGCACAGUCCUUUGGGCCUACAUCCCACCCUUAAUUCGGAAUUGCAGGCUCAGAUUUUUGAAUUGGUUGUUAAAACUCUGGAUUUGCACAGUUGCACCUCCCCACUUAUACUAGCCUUAGUCCAUUUUGAUCAAGUUUAAUAAAUUUGCCAGGAAAGGGGGUGGAAUGGGAGGAACCUUGAAAUGGGCGUAUGAGGGAGCUGGGUUGUGGGAUCAUUUCCCUCCAACAAGUGAGUAGAUCCAAUUGACGAGGUGUCUGGGUGCUCAUGAAUGGUGUGGAGCAAACUGAAACUUGAAAAGGAGGCAGGAAAUAGAGGGAGGGAGGGGCGCAACAGACUGAGAAGUGGGAGUGCAAGUGGCAGAAGCUUGCGUCACUUUGAGGCCCAUGUCUUUGCCUGCCUGGGUAGUUUCCCCUACAAAAGCUGCUAGUUUAGGUGCAUCCUUCCAGUAGGAAAGGGUAGUCUGGCCAUGUUGACGGUCCUGGCGACUGUCACGGCAUGAAGAGCAGUGUUCCCUGUAACAGGGAUUCCCAGAUGUUGUUCAGGCCAUUGAGCAGAGGAUUAUGGGAGUUGUAGUCAACAACUCCCUGUUACAGGGAACACUGAUGAAGAGCCUUUUGCCCGACUGUCCAUCUAGCACUGAAAGUCUUAAACCUCUUCUGUUGGCUUUAAGGCCAAUUGUGGACUCCCUAGGGAGAGGGUGUCUGGCAUUUGGUUUUCUAAGUGCAAACUGGCUGUGCUUUGGUUUUUCCAAAAUCAUCUUUAAAAAUUCCUUUGCUUCAAUAAGUACAGCUUAAGAACAUAAGAACAGGCAUGCUGGAUCAGGCCCAAGGAGGCCCAUCUAGUCCAGCAUCCUGUUUCACACAGUGGCCCACCAGAUGCCGCUGGAAGCCUACAGGCAGGAGUUGAAAGGGGCAUGCCCUCUCUCCUGCUGUUACUCCCCUGCAACUGGUACUCAGAGGCAUCCUGCCUCGGGGGCUGGCCUGUAGCCCUCCAACUAGUAGCCAUUAAUAGACCUCUCCUCCAUGAAGUGAUCCAAACCCCUCUUAAAGCCUUCCAGGUUGUUGGCUAUCACCAUAUCACAUGGCAGAGAGAUGUGGCACAUCUUGUGGAACUUGCCGCCACUUGACUUCAUGCUGGACUCCAGAUUGUCUGUCGCUGGGGUCCUUGUAGUGAAAAGGGCCAGGGCAUCCCCUGCCUGCAGGCCUCUGGGGAGUGCAGCUAAAUGGCAAGAAGACUGGGGCUCUGGCCCCUCUUGCCCCAUAAUUCUCGCUCACUGCUGGCAGUUAGAAAUCUCCCUUGCAACCAGGAAUGGAGGCUGCAGUGGAUCUGGCAGUCUUGAACCAGCCUCAAGAAAGGACUCCAGCCGUAAGGCAGGCUGGUGCUCCUGUGGGCCAUCCACAAGUCCUCCCAUCUCGGCUGCCGUGCUUCCUUUGGGGCAGGGGUUCCCAACCAGGCUAUUGUGGCUGAGGAUGAUGGGAGCUGUAGUCCACCUCCUGGAGACCCAAGUGUGUGUGUGUGCCUGCCUGCCUGCCUGCCUGCCUGCCUGCCUGCCUGCCACACAUGCUGAGAUUUCCUCGUAGGGACCAGUGAUGUGAGUACAUUGGCAGUGGCUACUGGAGCAAGCUUUUAAAGCAGUCCCUCCCUCCUCCCCCCCCCCCCUCUCCUUUUUACUUAGCAAGCCAGUCUUGCCUCUGGUCUAGGAUUCGUAAGCACUGGGACGUUUGGGAGUAAGGUAUCCUCUUUCCUGGCUGCAUUUUGGACACUUUUCUCUGGCACCCUUUAGCCUACAGAAGUAGAGUGUCUCCAUCCUCUGCCCCCAACAAAGCAUGAGGGCGUAACAACACUCCAGUCUGUCCCUCCUUGUGGGAAACACCACACUUAUGUCUGUCUUUUGCAUGCUGGCAUAUCAACCCUGGGCUCUUCAGAACUGACACACCAACCUUUGCUCACCAGCCUCUUGAAGAGCAAAGAUCAACUUUCUUGUGUUACUUUCUGAAGAUACAGGAGCACAGUCCAGAGUCAUGGCCACUUUGGAAGAUGGGUGCAGAUUAAUGAAUCAAGAGCAGAAUUAAUUUUUUCAACCAAUUCCUGGCCUUGUCGUCUGAAGCAGAGGUUCUCAAACAUGGAUUCCCAGAUGUUGAUGGACUACAACUCCCAUCAUCCCUGGGGCUGUAUAUGAUGGAAGUCUAACUUCAUCUGGGACCUCAAGUUUGGGAACCUAUACGACUGGGGAAACCAAAACAUUCCUUCCUCCCCCCCCCCAUAUUCUGAAGUUAAGGACUCAGCAGUGUGAAAGUGACUGGAAGCCACGUUAACAUAGGAGGCGUUAAAAGAGCAAAAGAGCAAGGACACCCAAAUGCCAUUGGUGGUGCUGCAUUCAUGCUCCUGGAAAUCUGAUUCUCCUUAAAAGGGGUUUGGCUGUGGGCGUGCCCUUGUGCAGUCUGACCAGUUGCUGCUGCUGCUUUAAUGGGAGGGGAGGGUCAGGCCCAUCCAGCCCACCUUCCCAUUGCUUAGCUCUGGUUUUGUGGAGAAAUCCACAAAAUGGCUCAUAUCUCUGUCAUUGAAGCCUUUGCAGGUGGGGAAAGCCUUCUGGGUAUAAUAGAGCAGACGGGAGUCCCGUUUCUGGGCAAGAAAUGCAACCAUUCCACCCCUGUGACCCUAAAAGGAUGCCACCUGUGGGGAGCAGGGAGUGUGUGGGGGAGGAGGGGGGCCCUUACCGAUUCAGCGACUGUUGCUAGCUAGAGUGUGUGAUCUUGCUGUCCUCAUUUGUAAACUUGUUUGUGCUAAUAAUUUUAUCUUCAAGGUGGGGUGGGGUGGGGAGGAACAAAAAUGUCCCACAGAAAAGGCUCUGGUUUCCCUCUGAUUUUUAAAAACUUUCUCUGUACUCUGCUUAUUUUUUUAAUCUGUAAGCUAUUUUGCUUGCUCAGCUUUUCCUAAUCAAUCUGGAAUCACCAUACGUUGUGAUCAUCUCUAAAUUUAAGUGUAAUAAUGUUUUAUUUUUUAAUGUAACAUUUUAAAGAAUAUUAAAGAGAGAAAUUGAUAGGAGACACCAGCAGAAACAAAUUCGCAUAAGGAAAAACAUAGUGAAUUGUGUUCCAAAUGUCAAGCACCAGGGAACAAACAUGUUGUCAUUCUCCAAUAAGGAAGUUUAAAAAAACCCCACGAGAUUAUAAUAUUUUCAAAAGGAUGUUUUAAAUAUUAAUGUCUGAGUGAUUGUAUUAGAUCAGCAAUAAGGACUCUGUAAUCUCAAAAACACAAAUAAAAUCUUGUAAAAUCUGAA